UGUUUUGAUAAAUCUGGACGGCAAAAUUUGUGGCAGCUGUGACAACGGGAAAUUUGGAUUAAGAAAGGAUUCGUCAUAUUCAAGCGACGGAUUUGUAUGGAGAUGUUCUAACAAAACCUGCAACAAAAAAAUUUCCAUCAGGACUGGUAGCUGGUUCGAAAAGCACUAAUUAACGCUGGAAAAAGUUAUGUUAAUAACAUAUUUCAGGGUAUACAAAGCUAGUGAAAGUUUCGUGAGACACGAACUUGAAAUUGCAAGUCAAACUGUUGUUGAUUUCUAUAAUUAUUCCAGAGAAGUAUGUACCUGCAUUUUAGAGAAGAAUUCAGAAAAAAUAGGAGGAGUGGGAAAAUUUGUUGAAAUUGACGAAAGUAAAUUUGGUAAAAGAAAAUUUCACAAGGGACGGAAAGUUGACGGUGUCUGGGUUUUUGGUGGGAUUGAAAGGGAGACGAAAAGAUUGUCAUCACUUCAUGACUCACUGAAAUGACAGGAAGGAUUUUGGAAAUCAGAUUCUGCUUCCUAUUAGGAUUCAUCUUCGCUUUGAUGAUUAUAUUGAAAAUGGAACUGUUGGUGAAUAUCUAUCCAUCCAUAAGACACGUGAUUCUUCUACCCAGUCAAACUUACAAGGAACAGAGCCCUAGUCCUACGUUAGAGAGUAAUGAUCAUGUGAACAAAUUGUUACGGAAAGAAAAGAUAGAAUUACUUAUGAAACUGAGAGCACGUGGUAUGGGACACGCAGAGGAAUCAUGUGAUAUUGAAACAGCUCUAUUAUUCUUGAAAAGCAAUAACGAUACGUCUAUGGAGACUUAUGUCGACCCUUUUGAAGGUAUGUUGCCAAUUGGUGGCAAAGACUGGAGCUUCAAUUCCACCGUCUCUUGCUUACAUAUUAAUUCAACAAAUUUCCCACUCCACAGUGCAGGAAAGGGACGACCAUAUCUGAUACCAAGAUGCUCCAAAGAUGAUGUCUCUUUGAUAAAAGUCACAAAUUCUAAUACAUCAUUUCCCGUUUUUGAGUUUCCUGACAAAUGCCUGAAAAAGAUAAUUGAUAAAUUUUGUUCAAAAGGAUUUGUGGUUCCGAAUAUUCUUCAUUAUAUAUGGUUUGGGCAGCAGGAUUUCGAGUUUAUGUACUUUGUUGCCAUUUAUAGUGCAUAUAAAAACCAGAAGCCAUGUUUGAUUUUUGUGUAUUACGACAAUGUACCGAAGGGCGUUUGGUGGGAUAUCUUGCUGUUCUCCGUGACAAACAUCGUACAAGUUAAAAUGGACCCUCCCUCGGAGAUAUCCGGGAAGAAGAUCAUAUAUGUACAACAUAAGGCUGAUAUUGUAAGACUUCAGAUUCUCAAAGAGUAUGGAGGGAUAUACAGCGACACAGAUCAAAUUAUCCUCAGAUCCCUGGACAGUCUGAGAAACAACGCUUGUACGAUGGGGAUGGCAGCGGAUGCCUUCUUGGGUAGUGCUCUCAUUCUAGCUCGGAGAAAUGCGACAUUCAUAAAUAAAUGGAUAACCAGCUAUUCCUCGUACAAUCCGAAUGACUGGGGAGGAAACUCCGUAAUCAUGGCAACAAAACUUACAAAACAACACCCCGAUAGUAUCCAUGUUUACAGACAUUACUGUGUUUUUUAUCCCCAUUAUAGUGUUUUAUUUGACCGGAACUACAAAUGGUCAUAUAGCUAUGCAUUUCAUAUAUACAAACCAGGGCGUAUGAAGCAACUGAAAAACAUGAAUUUUUCCAGCAUUAGGACGCUAAACGCAACAGGAGGGGCCAUCUUCCGGUUUAUUUUGUUUGAUAAUAAAGAGUUGUGUAUAUGAUGACUAUUUCCGAUCAUUUACGUAAUAAAAAAAAUCCAACUGUUUAUCAAAUAUCAUUAACAUGCUUAAUAAAACCGCUUUUAUAUUACCUAA